GGCUUGAGCCUUCUCGGCGCCCGUAGCUCCAGACCGUGUGACGGGCCAGACUGUGCCUGUGCUGAGUGCGGCACCUCGGGCCGUUCGAAGGGGCCCGGCGCGCGGGGCUGGGAGCAGGGCGGCGGCAGCCGGAGCAGGGCGGCGGCGAUGGCUGAUUACUGGAAAUCCCAGCCAAAGAAAUUUUGUGGUUACUGCAAGUGCUGGAUAGCAGACAACAAGCCUAGCAUUGAAUUUCAUGAAAGGGGAAAGAACCAUAAGGAAAAUGUGGCAAAGAAAAUUAGUGAGAUUAAAAAGAAAAGUAUGGAAAAGGCAAAAGAAGAAGAAAAAAUGUCAAAGGAAUUUGCAGCAAUGGAGGAAGCUGCACUGAAAGCAUAUCAAGAGGAUCUGAAAAGGCUUGGAGUUAAGUCAGAUUCUAUAGGUCCGAGUUCAACACAAAGUAAACAGGAGGAAAAGAAAGAAAAGAAGGAAAAGAAAAAAAAGAGAAAAGACACCUCAGAAGCACCAUUAGAUGAAACAAAGGAAUGGGUGCAAGGACUUUCCCCUGAGGGUUACAUGUAUUACUACAAUACUGUAACCGGAGAAUCACAGUGGGAAAAACCUGAAGGAUUUCAAGACAACUCUCGAAACUCACAAACGACAGGAGCAUGGGUGGAAGGAGUCAGUGAAGAUGGUCAGACCUACUAUUAUAAUACAGAAACAGGAGUAUCAACGUGGAAGAAGCCUGAUGGUUUUGUUUCACCUUCGUAUGAGAGCAAUAAAGAUGACAAUCAUCCUGAAGAACAUACCACAGCAGAUUCAAAGAGAUCUGAAUCAGAUGCUGAGAUGGGUGGUAGUAAAAGUGAGGUACAAAAGCCAAAAACAAACUUAAAGAUGAAAAGAGACAGCGAUGACGAAACAGAGGAAGAGAAACCCCCAAAAGUUAAAAAGAUAAGCCCUUAUGGAGAGUGGCAGGAAGUUAAACAAGAAACUGAUGUUGCUCAGGAUGAGGCCCCGUCAGUUCCACAAGCUACCUCCCACAAUGUAUCUAAAAAGACAAACCCUUAUGGUAACUGGGAGGCAGUUACAGAAAAGGAAGACCCAUAUGAAAAAGUGGACUUAGAGCUUCCCAGCACAGAGAGUGACUAUCUCCCUCUGCCAGUGCUCCAGGUUCCAGAGGAUGCAAAAAUGAUAUUUAAAGAAAAAACAGUCACCUCCCUUGGAGACCUGACAGAAGAGGUGCCGAUCUUCAAAAAGAGAAAAUUUGAAAAUGGAAAAUCAAGAAAUUUACGACAAAGACCAACUGAUCAGUAAUAAUUUAACAAAGCAUUGUAGAUGCUGUUUAAGCUAGCGAGGCUCAAAAGUUACUAUUUUAAACAAGCUUUUUUUAAGAAAAUGUUGGUUAGAAAUUAAGAAUUUAUGGUUAUUCAGAAAUGUAUUGACCGUGGAUUGUAAUAAAUUUUUUAUUUUUAUGUUAAUGUGAUUAUAUUUUGUUUUCUGAACGGAUAAUUGCACAAUUUAUGCAGUGAUGUAAAUGCAUUUAUUUUUUAUUUAACCCUGUUAUCUGAAUUCAAUUUGCUCAGUGUGCGCUACUUAAAAUACAAUAUAAUAUAUAAGAUUUUGAUUCCUCUCCUAGAUAUAUGGGAGUACAUUCAUGCAUAACUUGGAGAAAUAUGGUACAGAGCAUGUGUGUGAACACAAGGAGUGGAUAAGUGGCAGUCCACUAGUACCCAGGUACUAGAAAGUAGAAUUAAGACCCAAUAUGGUAUAAGCAGAGUGGCCUUCCAGCAAAUAUGCUUUGAUUUAAUGGUUACAAAAUUGAAGGUGAUGCAAGUGCAACCCACCGCAAGCAUAGUUUGAGAUUUUCAAAAGAAAGGUAGGGGAGUGAACCACACAGAUGCCAUUUAUUUCAAAAGCGAGUUUAAAAACUUUUGAAAAUCUCAGCCAAGUUUUCUAACUUGGAUUCAUGGAAAGCAAUACUGUACAUACAUGAUAAAUAUAUUGCAAGUAUACAGAGAUUCAAACCUUGUUCUGAUGAAUCUGUUUUUCAUGAUACCAUGAUAAGUCCCAUCUCUGUGUCACACCUCUUUCUAUGGUAUUUUCCCCAUUGUGUUUUUUACUAUAUAUUUGUGUGUCCAUGAUUUUUUCUCCAGUUACUUGGAGGAACAUUUAUUUUCUUUCUUCUCUCCAUAUUUUCUUUGUCUGUUUCCUUGCAAGUCAGGAAUGGUCACACACUAGUUUCAUGAACAAGUCCUUCAAAGUUGGAGUCAUGCUCCAAUGCACGACACUAUUUUAGUGGCUGUUGCUUGUGUGAAUUGUUCAGAAGAGUGCACUGCCUAGCUACACAGUGCCAGAUUACUGAUCAUAGAAUCUGGAAGGGACCAAGUAUAUAGUGAUCCCAACAUGUGGACAUAUGUUGGGAGAGGAAAACAGAAGGAUGAUGGACAUAAUUGAUUGCAGGACUGUCACAGAAAGCUGCAGCUUGGAGUCCAUGACGUAAAUGAUUAAACACUUUCUUAAGGUUAGUGUCCUAAAAUUCACAAAUAGAGUUGAUUUCUAUUUUUUCAGAUGAUAGCGUGGUCUGUGUUUAGCAUCAUCAAAGAUCCACAGACUGCAAAAGAAGAUGGCUAUACAUAGUGCUUCCCAGAUUGUUGGCUGUGAUCCACUGGGUGCUCAUGGACCUUCUAAUGAAGAGUUACUGUGGGUUCAUAAUGUAUAGUGAUGCCACUUUUAAAAUCAUGAGUACCUCAUUAGAGAGAGUCUCAGACAAUUAUAGAGCAAGUGUACAAGCUAUGAAGUAUUUCUGGGCCCGGAUACAAUGUGAUGUACCUUAUAAGUGCUUGCCCCCUGCAUUUCUUUACUCUGGCAAAACACCCAUUGAUUCAAUGGGCAUUUUACUUGAGGAAUGGCAAUGUCUUUGUGGCCCUGCAGUUCAGCCUACAGGGGGUAUGAAUUGCAGCAUGCAGUAGCAUGUUGUGCUGUCACUUCCCUGUGUGAAUGCUGCUGGCAUGAAUUAGGAGAUACCCAGCUCACGUUAACUUAGCCUCUUUCAAACAAGACUAUGUUAAUGCAAACUUAGGUACCUUUUAGUUCGUGUCAGCGGCAUCCACAUGGCAUUACAGUGCAGCAUGCUAGUGCAUGCUACAGUUCAUACCCUCAUAGUCUGUACGGCAGGGAUGUGUAGACAAACCCAAAGAGUGCAGGACUGGGGACCUUGACUGUAAAUUACAAUAGGGAGUGUGAUUUUUUUUUUUUUUUUUUUUUUGAGCUCUGUGAUAUUUUCUGUGGAUGCAGAGAGGAAUUAAAUGAUUACAGAUUCAGGCCCUUGUGUGCUGCUUGUGUUGCACUGUCAUGACAAUUGUGUUUAUUGUGGUACCUGCCACGCUGUGAGAAAUUUCAAGGAGCUGUUUAGUGUCCACUCAGAGACCAGCCCAUAUAGGAGCAACUUUUCAGGAUGCUCUGAAUGGCCUUGUGGUCAUAGGUCAAGUAAUGGUUACAUUUAUUCAUCGCUCACAUGAUCAAUAAGGAAAAGUACUAUGCAGGUAGUGGCCUAGAACAUCUGAAUUGGUGUGAUUAUGUAGAAAAUGCCUAACUAUAGCUCUAUGUUGUUUUAAAAAAAAAAAAUCUUAAAAUGAGAAGUUAAAAUGGUUAGAACUUUUGUUCCUUGCUCCUGAAAAAAGGCAACCAAAAAUCAAAGACAUUGCAAUAUGCUGAGUUUAAUAGAUAAAUCUUUUAAAAAAUCCAAACACUUGUUUUUUUAGUGUGAAAAAGGAUCAGAGGUUUUCUUUAUUCACCACUGACAGUCUCUUUUCUCCCUGGUGGUUCUUCUGAUUUUUUAUGUAAUGGCUACUAAAGAAGACAAGUUGAAAAGCCUCUACCCCAUAACUUAUUAAAAAUUCACAAUUUGUUCCAUCAGAAGUAAAAUUUACAGACUGAGCCAACAUGAGGUGAGAGUCACGGUAAAGUUGGAUUAGGAUCAGUAUGGCCACUUUCAUUAGGCACAUUUGUAUGAUAGUAAGUGCGGUUUCUAAAACUUACUUUCUACUUCAUGUGAAAUGCAUCAUUUAAGUUCCUUCCCAAAAAGCACAUUCAUAAUUAUUGUCAGUAUUGUGUCUUUUUAAAGUGUAAUCUGGGCUCUAAGAACAUCAGAAUGGCCAUACUGGGUCAGACCAAAGGUCCAUAUAGCCCAGUAUCCUGUCUUCCGACAGUGACCAAUGCCAGGUGCCCCAAAGGAAAUUAACAGAACAGGAAAUCAGAAAGUGAUCCAUCCCCUGUCGCCCAUUCCCAGCUUCUGGCGAAGCAUGAGAAGCUUCAUAUUUAAAUAAGCAUUGUUGCCUUUGGACCAUGCUCCAGCAUUUUGGCAGCUAUUUCCUGUUGCAUACCUAAACUAAAUAUUUUCUGAUCACAUACAGAAGUUUUACCUCAUCUAAGAAUUAGCUAGGAAUACUGAUACUCCAGGACAUAUUUACUACAUAUGCGCUGAUCACCUCUCUUCCCAAACUCUCAUGCCUUUGGCACUCAGCACCCCAGGGGAUUUUAUGGUAACUAGUUAUGCUCUGUAUGUUCUAAUCCUUUUUUAAAUUGCACUUCUUUAGCAAGUCCUAUUAAUGUUAAUUUGUCAAACAAAGAAGUGUUUUAUGUUUAAAAAGAAACCUGCGGUGUUUUCUGAUCAAUCAGUUUUCUCAUCUCCCGGUACAUUUUGUAUCUGCAUUGUAUUGUUUAUCUGCCUAGAUUGUAAGCUCCUUGGGGCAGGAACCAUAUCUUCCUUGGUUUGUACAGAGUCAUGCACUCUAUUAGCACUAUUGUGCAGCAAUGAUUAUUGUAGAAAGAGAAAGGUGCUGUGAUCCAAUGUCCACAGCACUGGAAUGGGACUCAGGAGAUCUGAUUUGAGACCCAGGCUUUGCUACUGUCUGGCUCUGUGACCUUAAGAAAGACUAUUCACUACUGUAUUUUUAUUUCCCUUUCCACCUUUUGUCUGCUUAGUCUAGUUAGACAAUAAGCUUUUCGGAGUAGGACUGUCUCUUACUAUAUAUUUAUACAGUGCCUAGCACAGUAGGGCCUGAUCUUGGUUGGGGUCUUUAGAUGUUAACAUAACACUAUUUAUUUGUGGUUUGGCUUGAUGUGGAAACCUGUCUGCCAGGAACUGCACUGAGACCACCGACUUUACACUUUGCGACUACCCGACAGGAGUUUGAAUAUACACCCUGAGGUCUGAACACCUCAAUUUGUUUGAAAUCCACACUUUUCCAUUUUGAGCAGUAGUUGUGUUCACUGUUUGUAUUUGACACAUUAUGGCCCUGCAAACUCAAAUCCAAUUAUAAUGUUCAGAUUUAGGGGUUUAGUCAAAUCUAGCUCUGGUCGCAACCUGAGUUAGAUUCAAACUGAUGAAAAUUUUUUUAAUCCCUCACUAACCCCACGAGUCUUCAGGUCUCUGUUUUAUUCUGUAAAAGUAAUUUUGGGGGACCACAUUUUAAUAUUAUUUGGCUUCUAAGAAAGGGAGAAUCUCCUUUAUUUCCUCUUUCAACUAAGCACCUGCCCUUUGCUACCAUUAUUCAAAUAAUCGGUGUCACCCUUGACCUAGAACUGUCUUCUCCAGGGUCUCCCAUAUGUGCAAAUAUAUGCACCACCAAAUAUGCCACAAUACCAAUGUACAUCUUUACCCCAACCCUUACUACUGAAAAUACCCACUGAUACCUUCAUUUCCUCUCAGCUUGACUGUUAUAGUUCCCAGCUCUUCAGACUCCAGCAGAUGCAGUAUGCUCCUGCCAGGCCUGCCUCAUGAAUACAAGAAGCACAACCAAAUUACAUGUAUUUACAAACAACUUUCUAGUCAUUUCAGGAUUGAUUUCAAGGUACUCUUUGAUCCAGUUCACAAUUUCCCUCCUUGAGGCAAAUUUAACUCAGUUAGUUACGCUGGUAUAAAUCCAGAAUAACUUAAUUGCAGUUAAUCCUUGAAGUUCACUAAAAUCAAAGGAGUUACUAUGGAUUUACCCCAAACUGUGACCCCUUACGUUUAAAACCUGACAUGGACUUGGUCUGUCUUAGCACAUCUGCUCCUAUACCCAUUUCUUCUAUUAGACUCACUGCCCCUGUGUCCUUUCACACAGUCUCAUUACAGUUGGUGCAAGAGCCUUCACCUUUAUAGCUUCUGCCUUCCGGUGUUUCUAUCUCAAACUCUUUGUCUGCUCCCUUGUAUCUACCUCAUAAUUCCUCUUUCCCUCUACCUGCUAUUUAAUGUUUGAAUUGUAUUAUUUCUUUCUGCGAUUAUAUAACCUAGCUGUGUAAAACAUUUUGGGAUAUAGUUUGUAUGAAAGUUGCUGUACAAAAUAAAGUAAUAUUGUAUUGUAAAUAAAGUAGUAACCUCAACAAA